CGCACCGCCCCCGCCGCGCCGCUUCCGCCCGGGCGAGGAAGGGGCGGGAGGGGCAGGAAGGGAAGGAGGAAGGGAGGGCAGGGGAGGAGGAGCCGAAGCGGCCGCGCAGGGACCGGCGGGACCCGCCACGGGAGAUUCUACCCGUCUCCCAAGGUCGGGGCUUGAACCCUGCCGGAUAAAGCCGGAGCCGCCCCCCUCUUUUCCCAGCCAUGCGAACUGCGGGAUGAAGCUGGAAGCUGUGGUGGAGCAGCUGCAGAAGCAGCAGCAGCAGCAGCAGCCGGCCGUGCAGAUGGAUUCCCGGGAGCGGCGGGAGCGGCAGCUGCGGGAGGCGCAGGUGCCGUUCCCGCAGCAGCUGGCGGUGCAACGCGCCGUCCUGGCCGCGGCCAGCCGCGCUCCGGCCGCACCGCCCGGCGCUCCCCUGGCCAGAGCCCCACCUCCGCCGGGAGCCGCCCGGGCUUUCGAUCAGAGCAGCAUGAAUUCUGAGCCUGACGACGAGGAGGAGGAGGAGGAAGAAGAGGAAGAAGAAGAGGAAGAGGACGAGGAGGAGGAGGAAGAAGGCGGUUUGGAAGGCAGCGAGCUGGAUGGCGCUGACGUGACGGGGAAGGAAAGCUGCUCUGCUCUGAAGUAUUUCCGUGCUCCCAAAGUUGCCCAUCCCAACCAAAGAGUGGCCUCUACCUCUAAUCCUCUCCCAGCUCCAGGGCACCAGCGGGGGGGGCAGCAGGGCAAAGAAGAACAGGGUAAAGACACUACUAAGCAGCUGCAUUCCGGGUCCCCGGCGGGACGCCCGAACUGGCGCUUGGACGAGCAGCUCAAACAGAAUGGCAGCGUGGCCUGGAGUGAUGAUGGUGAUGGAUGCCGAGGAAGAGAAAUCUCACGAGACUUUGCCAAGCUCUAUGAACUGGAUAGUGAUCCUGAGCGGAAAGAGUUCCUGGAUGAUCUCUUCAUUUUCAUGCAGAAGAGGGGAACUCCCAUCAAUCGGAUCCCCAUCAUGGCAAAGCAGAUCCUGGACCUCUACAUGCUCUACAAGCUGGUGACCGAAAAGGGAGGGCUGGUGGAAAUCAUCAACAAGAAGAUCUGGCGGGAGAUCACCAAAGGCCUUAAUCUGCCCACCUCCAUCACCAGUGCCGCGUUCACCCUGCGGACACAGUACAUGAAGUACCUCUAUGCCUAUGAGUGUGAGAAGAAGUCCCUGAGCUCCCCGGCUGAGCUCCAGGCUGCCAUCGACGGGAACCGGCGGGAGGGCCGGCGGCCCAGCUACAGCUCCUCCUUGUUCAGCUACUCGCCCACCACCUCAGGGCCUCCCUCCCUCCUGUCUCCCCCCAAAAUCCGCUUCCCCAUCAUCGGCGUGGCACCAGGCAGCGGGACCAGCAACCCUCGGGUGUCUCCAGCAGCAGCCAUCAGAAAAGGUGACGGAGUGCCCUUGACUGUGUCUAUGCCAAAUCGUAUUGCUGUGCCAGUGACCUUGAGUAGCCAGCAGGCAACUGUGGCAGCAAGAACAGCCACCCUGGAGCAGCUGAGGGAGAGGCUGGAGUCGGGAGAGCCUCCAGAGAAGAAGGUCUCACGGACGACCGAGGAGGAGCAGCGGCUUGUCCAGCAGGCUCUGCAGCGCAACCUGUUCAGCAUGGCACGGCAGAUCCCCAUGAAGAUCAAAAUCAAUGGCAAGGAAGACAAGCCCGACUCGACAGCAGCACUGAACUUGUCACCCAACGGCAUCGGGAGCAUUAACAUGUCUGUGGAGAUCAACGGCACCACUUAUGCUGGAGUGCUCUUUGCCCAGAAACCCGUCGUCCACCUCCUCGCCGGCUCCAGCACCCACAGCUCCUGCAGCAGCAGCAGCAGCUCCCACUGCUCUCCCAGCCCUACCUCAUCCCGAGGAACGCCCAGCACGGAGCCCUCCACCAGCUGGUCUCUCUGAUGGGCGGCCCAUUCCCUGUCUCACACUGGCCUCUGGCUCCCGGAGCGAGCCGGGAGGGAGUCGCACAGAUACCUCAUCUCAAGGAACCUGCUUUUGUGGUUGGCCAGCGGCAAGAUGAUGAUGAUGAUGAUGAUGAUGAUGAUACCUUUCCAUGCCAGCGAGUUUUUCUUCAUCAUCUCUUUGUCCAGCCUUUUUUCUUUGUUCUCCCCCUUUCUUCCUCCCUUUUGCUCUUUGUUUUCUUCCUCCUCCUCCUCCUCCUCCUCCCAGGGUUUGCUGUGUUCCUGUCGGGGGUGGGACAUGGAGGGGGGGCACGCCUGGCGUUUUUCAAUCAGGGAUGGGCUCUAGGAGCUGCGGGUUGAGACAUGGCUGAGACGUCACCAAGGCAGGUUGAAAGAGCUGGAGUUGGGGCAGGGAAACUUGGUUCUCCUUGAGCCAGGAACCACAAGGACUCUUCCCACCAACCAACUCCGUGUUUUGACAAUCCUAAGAGCCGGCGGGGUGCCUUGCCCUGUCCUCCCUUGUGCUGCAGAACAGGCAAACUGCUUGUUUCCUUCCUGCUGUUUCCAUAUGUCCUCACAGGAGGCUCGUGAGCCUCCUUCCCCCUCUCCACGGUUUUGACAUGAGGGGAAGGAGUUCCUCCCUCCCUGCCACAUUCAAACCCUCUCCAUCAGCUGCUUGGUUCUUGCCGGUGCUGCCUGAUCCCUCCUGUUGCCUUCAGGCUUUCAGAAGUUUUAAAUGCCCUUGACCUUGCCUGUCUCUCAUGAGGAAUUCAUCCCACUGACCUUUACCCUGACAGCCUGAGCUUGUUGUGGCUCCUCUGAUCCUCUGCCCCCGUGACACUGUCACUUGGGUCGAUCCAGGCUUUCCUGAGAUCAGCCAUCUCACUUCUGCCUCCUGAGGUGGCUCCUGGUACCCCUGGAAGCUGCCCACGUCUGUGUGCUGAAGAAAUAGGAGGUUAUCUCUGCAAUCCAUCUCGUGGGGGCCACAUUGUGUGCGUGGGUGUUGUGGUUAAUGUUAUACACGUGGGGUUUUGUCUCUGAACAAACCCAGCUGCCCACACCCCUUCAAACUGCACCUGAGCAGCGAAGACCUUUUGCUCUCCGGGGGAAAGUGGAGAACAGGAAAUCAAGCCCUUCCUUGCCCUUUCUCCUCAGACCUCCAGUUGGAAGCAGAGCUGGCCCUGACUCCAUAAAUCAGCUCCUGCUCAGGUGGCCUCGUGCUGUCCCCCUCUCCUUCUGGCCUUUCCUCAGCCCAGAGAGAUGAUCCAAACUCCAUCCCUCCUGCCCUGGUGACGUCCUUCCCAUGCUUCAGGCCCAAGUCAGGUUUUUUGAGCAGAUGAAAUACCUCAGAUAUGUACUUGUUGUUGGGUUGGUUUUGUUGGUUUUGGGUUGUUUUUUUAACCUCUUCAGGAAGUAUUGGCAUAUCUUAUCGCUUGGUUUUUUAAUAUGUGGGUUUGCUGACAUUGUGUUUGUUUGGUUGUUUGUUUUUUUUGUUUUUUUUUAUUUUUAAAUGUAUCACCAAAGACAGAAAGUUAAAACAAGGCUGAGCAAAGCAGCAGUGGUUUCCUCAUCCUUUAGGCCAGCAGGAGCCAAGCUCCAGCAUCAUCCCAGGACAUGUGCAUGACAGGGGGACAGGUAGAGGCAGGAAAAGAGGGCAGGAGUGAUGCUCACUUAGAUUUGUUCUUCAUCUUGGACACGUGGAUGUCUCCAAAGUCCAUCUGAUUUUUCCAAGCCCCGGGAUCUGUGCCUGUGUUGGUUAUCCUGCUACCUGACAUCCCGAGGACUGUUUGGGAGCCAGAGGGUGGGAAUGCACAUGUCCUCAGAUGGAUGCUGCUCUGAGAUGUCCCAUCCAGCUGCUUUUAGUUGGAGUAGUGCCCACCCUCUGGGCAUGGGGAAGCUGGGCUGAUCCCGCAGGCCUCCACGGCAUUUCAUCCUCACAGACUCCCAGAGGUUUUUCCAGACUCUGGGGCUCAAUGAGAUUAUUUUCUUUUUCCCUUUUUUUUGUUUUCUUUUGAUUGUUGUUGGUUUGUUUUUUUUUAUUAUUUUAUUUUAUUUGGGGAUGGGGAUGGGGCUGUUUCCUCUGAGUGGGACUGGGGCACUUUUUGCUUUUCCUUCUGCUUUGCUCUCUGGCUCUGGGGAGCAGAGGUUGGUCCGGGGUGGAUUCUGUCUCACACGCUAACGUUGUGUUUUCUUGCACAGAAAGGCACUCGAAUCACUGAACUGCUUUGACACUACUAGAGUAUUAAUGUUUAUAAGCUUUACUCAACCUAGACUGGAACUAGCCAGGACUAACAGAUUGUUUUGUAUCCAAUUCAGGGAAAGAAUCAGGUUGGGAUGCGUAACAGAUACCUCAGUUAAAUAAGCUGCAACAAUAAACUGGUCCUUUCUCAGUCCAGUGUGACAAGGACCAUUCAGACUGUGAAGAGUUAACCCUUUCCUCUAAGCCUGGCUUUGAUCCUGGCAAUCUGAGCUCCAGAUCUCCUACUGAGCUGCCAGGCUUUGGGGACAGGGUUAUGGAAACCAGCAGCAGAGCCGGGGAAGGCUGAGCGAGGGUGGUGGAUCCCCCCCUCUGCUCCAUUUCAUCGAUUGUGUAGUACUCAGGGUUUGAUACUGCGAGUAGGACUGUUCCUGUGUGAAGUGCUCCGCUUUGCAGUGUUGCUCCAUCCUCUCCCAACUCCACACCAGCCAAGGUUUUGCAGCGAGCAGCCAAAAAGAAAACAGCCCCCAGCUUGCUCCAGUGCAGCCACCAUGCUCCUGUUUCCAGGGGGAGAUUUGCCAGCUGGGAAAACCAAACCAAACCUGCUUCAGGCAGCUCCCAGUUGAUGCUGGGAAGGCACAAAAAUUGGGACAAGGGGGAGAGGCUGUGUGUGCCUGCUCGGCUCCCAAAGUGAAUGUGAACGUGUCACACCAAGUCCUUUUGGCCACUGCACGUGCAUGUGUGUAUGUGUGUGUGUGUGUGUGCUCCAAAGGGAUUGGGAUCAGAUGUUCUCUCCAAACAGCUGCAGCAGCCUUGCUACUAGUUUUCUUACCUAUUUAAAAAAAAAAAUAAUAAAAUAAGUAAAUAAAAACAAAUGUGAUAGCCUAGGCGGUGGAUAAAUACCUCAACGUCUCCUUCCAACAAGUGUCUGUAUAUGUUGUUGUUGGGUUUUUUCUAUCUUACAGGUUAUCUGAAUGUUUAUAUUCCAAUAAACUUCUACCUCUUCACACCGUGA